AUGAGCAGCUCGGAUGAAAAGGCAGACUCGCCUGCCAAACCCUUGCAGGAGCCGCGUGACAGCAUCGCUAUCGACCGAUCAAGUCCUGUCAGUGAACGUCUUCAAGCGGCCCGUCUCUUCCUCGACAACGACGAGGUCAAGACAGCGUCGCGAGACAAGAAGGCUCAUUUUCUCCGCUCCAAAGGGGUUGAUGAUGCCGAUAUUCAGAGGCUCUUGGUAGACGAAAGCCAGUCCGAAUCGACAGAGAAGGAUGACGAGCCUGCUCGGCCUCACAUUGUCGCGCCGACACGACAACAGAACCCUGCCCGAACCCCGACAUCGUCAAGUGAUCUUGCCGAUCGCGCACCCAUAGUCACCUACCCCGAGUUUCUCGCCAAACCCCAACGACCGCCCCCUCUGGUGACGACCACGGCCCUCCUCAACACCCUAUACGCCUUUGCUGGCCUCUCCACACUCCUCUAUGGCACGAGCAAGUAUCUUGUCGCUCCCAUGGUCGACAGUCUCACCGAUGCCCGCUCCGAUCUGUACGAAACGGCCUCGACCAAGCUCGAUGCCCUCGUCGCCAAGCUCGAGAAGACAGUCUCCGCCAUUCCCCCAAGCCAAGCUCAACACGUCCCCGACGACGACAUCAGCGAAGCGGAGGAUCCCACCGAGAUGUUUCACCGCGACGUUGGCACCCAAACUUCCCUCCCACCAAGUCCCGACGCGAAGCUGCCCCAAGCCGCCAAUGAGUCUGGAUCCACCCUCCAGGCCGAUCGCCUGGCGGCACUGACGAGGACUCUGGAUGGGAUCAAUGAUCAGUUUAGAACGCAGAGCGACGACAUGGACGGCAUCCGAACCCUUCUCGACGUCUUUCGCGACGAUCUCGAUGGCAUGACUUUUAGUGGACAGUCGCACUUCGUCGGCGGCUACGACAUGUACGGCAACGGCAAGCGAUCGGAGCCGGAAGAUGAAAUACGCAAAGUCAGGGACAACAUCCGGAGGGUAAAGGGCGUGCUGCUGAGCACGAGAAAUUUUCCUACCUCCGCCAGGUGA